AAACUACUCUCAUUGCUACAUUUUGGGCAUCUUGUCUUUAUGUAGGGGCUUCUAUCAUUUUCAACUGAAGAAAGCAUCAACAGUGAUUGGCUCCAGUGUACAAUAAAUUAUAUUAAUUAUGAUGAUUAUGAUUUUUCGAUUUUCCUCCUUUUCUUGCUUAUUUUAGGGUAUUUGUAAUAAAAAUUUAUAUUUCUAAUUCAUGUGAGUUUAUGCAUACCAAGAUUUGUACAAACCAAGAUUAUAAUAGUUGUAUUGAAUAUGGCUUUUUUUAUCUUUUUCAAAGAAAAUAUUGAAUAUUUUUGGCAUCACAGGCCCUAAAGAUUGGCCAAAGCACAUGAAAGUAUAACCAGAAACAGCUAUGGAGGGUCUGAGAGGCAGCACCAGCACCACCACCACUAAUCCAUCCCGUCUUCAUACUGUUAAGCCUAUGCCCCAAACAACCUUCAACCAUAUUUUUGCUCCAAUUUUCGCCUGUGCCAUCCUAGCUCUGUUCUAUCACCAUAUCACUACUCUUCUUUACUCCAAAACCCUCUUCUCUUUCUCUGUAACCCUCAUCUUGUUCAUCUCCGAUCUCAUUCUUGCUUUUAUGUGGAUCAAUACAGAGUCUCUUCGCAUGCGCCCUGUCCAUCGACAACAAUUCCCUGAAAACUUGAAGAAAGUCAUGAAAGAAAGCGAUUAUCCAGCUUUAGACGUGUUUAUAUGCACUGCAGAUCCAUAUAAGGAGCCCCCAAUAAGUUUAGCGAACACAGCUUUAUCAGUAAUGGCGUAUGAUUAUCCAACAGAGAAGAUUUCUGUGUAUGUUUCAGAUGAUGGAGGCUCAGCCUUGACUCUCUUUGCUUUAAUGGAAGCAGCUAAAUUUGCUAGCCACUGGUUACCGUUUUGCCAGAAGAACAACUUAGUAGAUAGGGGCCCUGAAGCAUAUUUCCAAUCAAAUCAACCUUGUAGUUCCUCAGAGUUUGACAAGAUUAAAGAUAUGUACGAAAGCAUGAAAUUAAAAAUAGAACAAGUUCUUGAAAGAGGAAAAAUUGAUGAUGAGCUCUUAAGUGGACAUCAAGAGCGUGAAGCUUUCAAUAAAUGGACUGAUAACUUCACACGACAGGAUCAUCCCACCAUCAUUCAGGUUGUGUUAGAUAAUAGCAAGAACACAGACGUCAGUGGCCAGCAGAUGCCAAACCUAAUCUAUGUCUCUAGACAGAAAAGCAAGACAUCACCCCAUCACUUCAAAGCUGGUGCCCUGAACGUCCUGAUAAGGGUAUCAGCUGUAAUGACAAAUUCACCAAUAAUAUUGACGCUAGACUGUGACACUUUAUCUAAUGAUCCAAAAACGCCACUCCGAGUCCUGUGUUACCUCUGCGACCCUGACCUCGACCCUGAGUGCAGAUCAAGAUUAGGGUAUUUCCAAUUUCCUCAACGAUUCAGUGGAAUUAACAAAAACGACAUUUAUGGUUGUAUGUGUACAAGAAUGGCUGUUCUAUCACCAAUGGGGUUUGAUGGUUUGAUGGGCCCCAAUUACAUUGGAACCGGAUGUUUCUUUAAUAGAAGAGCUCUAUUUGGAGGUCCAUCGAACCUAAUUUCACCGCAGAUUCCUGAGUUGGACCCACAGCAUGUUGUGGACAAAACCCUCCAAUCCCAAUCAAUCUUCGCUUUGGCUCAUCAAGUUGCAACUUGCCAUUUUGAGACCCACAACACCAAUUGGGGCGAAAAGAUAGGAUUCAGAUAUGGAUCACUAGCAGAGGAUAAUUUCACGAGUUAUAGAAUGCAAUCAGAGGGAUGGAAAUCAAUAUUCUGCCACCCUAAAAGGGCAGCAUUUCUUGGUGACUCUCCUACCACCUUGAUUGAAGUAUUGAACCAACAGAAAAGAUGGACAUUUGGUCUUCUUCAGGUCGGAUUUUCUAAAUAUUGCCCAAUAACAUUUGGGAUUCGAGCUAUUAGUCCUUUCAUGGCUUUAGGUUAUGGACACUACUUCUUUUGGGGCAUCUGGUCAAUCCCAAUCACAGUGUAUAAUUUCCUUCCUCAACUAACCCUUCUCAAUAAAGUCUACAUAUUCCCAAAGGUAUCAGAACAAUUCCCAUGGUUUCUGCUCUAUUUGUUUCUAUUUCUUGGAGCUUAUGGACAAGAUUUUAUCGACUUUAUGUUCGUCGGGGUGUCGUUCAAAGCUUGGUGGAGUGAUCAGAGAAUAUGGCACAUAAGGGGACUAACAUGUCAAUUGUUUGGUUUCAUUGAGUUCUUGCUUAAGACUGUAGGAAUUUCAAGCUUUGGUUUUAAUGUGACAAGCAAAACAGUUGAUUCUGAAGUAAGCAAGAGAUAUGAGCAAGGCAUCUUUGAGUUUGGAGUUCAUUCUCCAAUGUUUGUCUCUCUUACGAUGGCGGCUUUAGUUAACUUGGCUUCACUUAUCCAUGGCUCAUUUCAAGUUUUCAGAGAUGGCAACUUGGAGGAACCAUUUAUGCAGAUAGUUAUUGCAGGUCUGGCUGCUUUGAAUUAUUGGCCAACUUAUGAAGCUAUAAUGUUCAGGACUGAUAGUGGAAAAAUGCCAAUCAAAACUACAAUUAUGGCUACGUUUUUGGCAUGUUGUCUUUAUCUAGUGACAUCUUCCAUUCUCAAGUCAAAUGGGUUUGUUUUGAUUUUGAAGGAUAUGCCCUGAAUAUGCUUUGAUAUUUAAAUUUUAAUUAUAUAUGCAUAUCUAUAUAAAUAAAUGAAAUUCUAAGUAUUCCUUUUUUUAUUUUUUUAUAUAAAGUAAAAAUGUACUUAAAAAAUAAGGUGAGUCGGCAGUUUUAGUUGUUCCAGUAA